GAGGCGGUGUCAGGGGAGGUGGCAGCUCCAGAGAUGGCAGUGUGCGAGAGGAGGGGGCUCGGCCGCGGGAGCCCCGCGGAGUGGGGGCAGCUGCUCCUUCUGUUGCUGCUGUCCGGCAGCUGCUCGGGGCGCAUCCACCGGCUGGCGCUGACGGGGGAGAAACGAUCCGACAUCCAGCUGAACAACUUCGGCUUCUACACCAAUGGCUCCCUGGAAGUGGAGUUGAGCGUCCUGCGGCUGGGCCUCCAGGAGACAGAAGCGAAGUUCCCGCUGGUGGGGUUCAGCCUGAGCCGAGUUCAGUCGGGCAGUGUUGGGUCCUACCCAACAAGGGAUCCCCAUGAAUGCCCUCUGCAGAGAAACAGCAGCAACUUCUUGGUUCUGUUCCUCAUCGAUACCAAGGACCUGCAGGUCCAGGUGCGGAAAUAUGGGGAGCAGAAGCAGCUGUUUAUCUCACCUGGACUCCUUCCUGAUGUACCCUCCAAAUCAGGGCUCCCGAAGCCAGAGCCCACAGAUCCCAGUAAGGUGGACAGCGGGACCUCCACAGUCAGCAAGGCCAAGACAGAGCCUAUGUCUCAGGUUCCGGCCGGAAAGACCAGUAGUGAUGGAGGCUCUGUGUCCCCUCAGGCCCCCAGUGGGAAAGACAAGGAACUGGUGCUGGGCCUGGGUCACCUCAAUGACUCGUACAACUUCAGCUUUCACAUGGUGGUCGGCUCCAGAGCUGAGGAAGGGCAGUAUAUCCUCAACUUCCACAAUUGUUACAACUCCAUCCCUGGCCGGGAGAGGCCCUUUGACCUCACGGUGAUGAUCCGGGAGAAGAACCCAGAAGGCUUCCUGUCGGCCGCAGAAAUCCCCCUCUUCAAGCUCUACCUCGUCAUGUCUGCCUGCUUCCUGGCUGCAGGCAUCUUUUGGGUGUCUGUGCUCUGCAGGAACACGUACAACGUUUACAAGAUCCAUUGGCUGAUGGCAGCCCUGGCAUUCACCAAGAGCAUCUCCCUCCUCUUCCACAGUAUCAACUACUACUUCAUCAACAGCCAGGGCCACCCCAUCGAAGGCCUCGCUGUCAUGCACUAUAUCACGCACCUGCUGAAGGGCGCCCUCCUCUUCAUCACGAUCGCGCUGAUCGGCUCGGGCUGGGCGUUCGUCAAGUACGUGCUGUCAGACAAGGAGAAGAAGAUUUUUGGGAUUGUGAUCCCGCUGCAGGUCCUGGCCAACGUGGCCUACAUCGUCAUUGAGUCCCGGGAAGAGGGCGCCAGCGACUAUGGCUUCUGGAAGAAGAUCCUGUUCCUGGUGGACCUCAUCUGCUGUGGCGCCAUCCUCUUCCCUGUCGUCUGGUCCAUCCGGCAUCUCCAGGACGCAUCGGGCACAGAUGGGAAGGUGGCAGUGAACCUGGCCAAGCUGAAGCUGUUCCGCCACUACUAUGUCAUGGUCAUCUGUUACGUCUACUUCACUCGCAUCAUCGCCAUCCUGCUGCGGGUGGCCGUGCCCUUCCAGUGGCAGUGGCUCUACCAGCUCCUGGUGGAGAGCUCCACGCUCACCUUCUUUGUGCUCACCGGCUACAAGUUCCAGCCCGCGGGAGACAACCCCUAUUUGCAGCUGCCGCAGGAGGACGAGGAGGACGUGCAGAUGGAGCAAGUAAUGACGGACUCUGGGUUCCGGGAAGGCCUGUCCAAAGUCAACAAAACAGCCAGCGGCCGGGAGCUGCUGUGAUUUUUCCGGAGCAGCUCGGCCAUCAUUGGCCUUUCUCCAUUCUUCACCACACAUUCCUGGGGCUCCCCAAAGACAUAGCG